CUCGUUUAAACGGGACUUUUAUUUUGGUGCGGUGAUGUGACGUCACGAGGCUGCGCCGCACACCUUCGACUGUGCCUCAGCUGGAAAAAGAAAAACUCCUGCUGAAGAGACUGAGAUCCACUUAAAGAUGGCGUUUAUUAAAGACGAGAGUGAAGAAGUGAAGAUUGAAGAAACAUUCAGAGUCAAACAUGAAGAUACUGAAGAACAACAAACAAAGAUGGAGUUUAUUAAAGAUGAGAGUAAAGACGUGAGGAUUAAAGUCAAACAUGAAGACACUGAGGAACAAACAGACCUGAUGGCGCUGAAAGAGGAGAGUCUGAAUGAAAUAAAACAGAAAAAUCAGAAUGACAAAUAUCAUGAUCUCAUGGCUGAAGAACAAUCUUUGAAUUACUCACAGACUUAUAAAACAGAAACCACAAACCUGAAAGUCCAGAUGAGUGUUUACACCGGAGAAAGAGCUUUCAGCUGCCAACACUGUGAAAGGAGAUUCAGUCUAAAAGAAAGCCUUAAAAGCCACUUAAAGAUCCACACUGGAGAGAAUCUGUUCAUGUGUCCUCAGUGUGGAAAGAGUUUUACACAGAGAAAAACCCUUAAUGCCCACAUGAGGAUUCACACCGGAGAGAAACCUCACGCCUGCCAACUGUGUCCGAUGAGCUUCACACGGAAAGAAGGUUUUAAGACCCACAUGAGAGUUCACACUGGACAGAGCCCUUUCACCUGCCAACAGUGUGGAAAGGGUUUUAAUCGAAAACAAAGCCUUAAAGUCCACUUGAACAUCCAUGCUGGAGAGAAGCCAUUCAUGUGUCCUCAGUGUGGAAAGAGUUUCGCACAGAAAACAACCCUUAAUAUCCACAUGAGAGUUCACACUGGAGAGAAACCUCACGCCUGUGAACUGUGUGAGAAGAGUUUCAGACACAAAGAUCGUCUGAAGUCUCACAUGACGCUUCACACUGGAGAAAGCCCUUACAUCUGCCAACAGUGUGGAAAGAGUUUUAAUCAAAAACGAAGCCUUAAAUUCCACUUGAACAUGCACACCGGAGAGAAUCUGUUCACGUGUCCUCAGUGUGGAAAGAGUUUUACUCAGGAAAGAAACCUGAAUAUCCACAUGAGGAUUCACACCGGAGAGAAACCGUUCGUCUGCUCUCAAUGUGGAAGGAGUUUCACACAGAAAAAUAGUCUUGACGGCCACAUGAGAGCUCACACCCGAGACAAACCGUUUGAUUGUGAUCAGUGUGGAAAGAGUUUGAGAUGUAAAUCACAGCUGAUUUAUCACAUGAGGAUUCACUCGGGAGAGAACUGCUCUGUAUGUCAUCUGUGUGGAAAGAGUUUCCAACGCAGGGUGAACCUCACGAUUCACAUGAGAGUUCACACCGGAGAGAAGCCGUACUCCUGCUCUCAGUGUGGAAAGAGCUUCACCGUUAAAGGAAACCUUAAGAUUCACAUGAGAGUUCACACCGGAGAGAGGCCUUACAAGUGUGAUCAGUGUGACAAGACUUUCAAAAAUAACACAAAUAUGAAGCAGCAUAUGCAAACUCAUUCUGGAAAUAAACUCCCGUUAUCCACAGUGUCGUUUCAGCGCUUUAGUCAGACUUCAAGACUGUUUGAUCUCCUUCAAGAAUCUGAUGAAGAUUCACACAGUCUCCUGAUCUUCACCUCACAAAAAACUCCUGCUGAAGAGACUGAGAUCCACUUAAAGAUGGCGUUUAUUAAAGACGAGAGUGAAGACGUGAAGAUUGAAGAAACAUUCAGAGUCAAACAUGAAGAUACUGAAGAACAAACAGACCUGAUGGCGCUGAAAGAGGAGAGUCUGAAUGAAAUGAAACAGAAAAAUCAGAAUGACAAAUAUCAUGAUCUCAUGGCUGAAGAACAAUCUUUGACUUACUCACAGACUUAUAAAACAGAAACCACAAACCUGAAAGUCCAGAUGAGUGUUUACACCGGAGAAAGAGCUUUCAGCUGCCAACACUGUGAAAGGAGAUUCAGUCUAAAAGAAAGCCUUCAAAGCCACUUAAAAAUCCACACUGGAGAGAAUCUGUUCACGUGUCCUCAGUGUGGAAAGAGUUUUACACAGAGAAAAACCCUUAAUGCCCACAUGAGGAUUCACACCGGAGAGAAACCUCACGCCUGCCAACUGUGUCCCAUGAGCUUCACACGGAAAGAAGGUUUUAAGACCCACAUGAGAGUUCACACUGGACAGAGCCCUUUCACCUGCCAACAGUGUGGAAAGGGUUUUAAUCGAAAACAAAGCCUUAAAGUCCACUUGAAUAUCCAUGCUGGAGAGAAGCCAUUCAUGUGUCCUCAGUGUGGAAAGAGUUUCACACAGAAAACAACCCUUAAUAUCCACAUGAGAGUUCACACUGGAGAGAAACCUCACGCCUGUGAACUGUGUGGGAAGAGUUUCUCAGUAAAGGGAAGUCUUAAAAUUCACAUGAGGAUUCACACCGGAGAGAAGCCGUUCAUCUGCUCUCAAUGUGGAAAGAGUUUUAAACAGAAAAAAGAACUUGACGGCCACACGAGAGUUCACACCGGAGACAAACCUUUUGAUUGUGAUCAGUGUGGAAAGAGUUUCGGAUAUAAAUCACACCUUAAUAAACACAUGAGAAUUCACUCAGGAGAGAACUGCUUUAUAUGUCAGUGUGGAAAGAGUUUCUCACACAAAGGAAACUUUGAGAAUCACAUGAGAGUUCACACUGGAGAGAAGCCUUUCACCUGCCCUCAGUGUGGGAAGAGUUUCACCGUUAAAGGAAACCUUAAAACUCACAUGAGACUUCACACCGGAGAGAAACCUUACAAGUGUGAUCAGUGCGAAAAGAGUUUCAAAAAUAACACGAGCCUGAAGCGGCAUCUGCAAACUCAUUCUGGAAAUAAACUACCAUUGUCGUUAAAGUGACGAGAGGUUUAGAAAAAGGAGCAAUUUCAGCAAUCAUCUGUGCAUUUACUUGGGUGAAAAACAAUUCAAUUGUGAUCAGUCUAAUUUAAACAUCACACUUAAACAUGCAUAUUAAGGUCACUUACAUAUUAAAGCACAUUUCAUACCCUGUUUGUGUUCUUUUUGAAGAGUGCCAUUACAAACAAGUGGAUUCAAGUGUGAUUUGUAUACUUCUUUUAAACUAAAAAUAAGGAAUUAUACGUUUAGUCUGCACAAGUGAUAGAAGCACUGCAUGCGCACAUGUAAUCAUUCAACAGCAUAAAUCAAAAUGGUCUGACGUUACUUCAAGGGUUACUACACCCAAAAAAUGUUGUCUUUAAUCGCUUACCCCCAUGUCGUGCCAAACCCAUAAAAGCUUAGUUCAUCUUUGGAACACAGUUUAAGAUAUUUUAGAUGAAAACCGUGAGGUUUGUGACUGUCCCAUUGACUGCCAAGUAAAUACCACUGUCAAUGCCCAGAAAUGCAUGAAAGACAUGGUCUUUAAUACUUUUCUGGGCCUUGACAGUGGUAACCCUUUAAGUAACCCUUUAAUGAACUGCUGAACCCAUGAAAAGGAAACAAUUGUGAAGCUCUAAGGGUGUUGAUGGACUUGAUCUACUCCACUAUGGGACAUAAUCUUUGAUUAAAAAAGAGUUUUUUUCAGCUGUUUGUUAAAAAUGUAUCUACAUUCCACAAUCACCUUCCUGAGAUCCCCUCUACUCUCUUUAACAUCACACCUCCUGUGUGCUCUACUGCUGAAAGGGGAGGAGCACAAUAGAUUUCUGGUCCCGUCUGCAAUCCUAGGACUGAGACCUGGACGCUACCAGGUCGGCAUACCGUGACGAUUUCUGCUUCUACACCUCCGGAUCUGCAUCCUCCCAGGGCACUGUCAGUUCCACUAGCACCACCCGUUCGCUCAUCUUGGACCAAGCCACAUGGUCCGGUCUCUGUGUGGUUUAGGCAAUAGAAGUGGGGAACUGCAGCCCAGGUCUGUCCAGGUCUACUCGUAAUGACCAUUCCUUUCCGCUAGUCAGGAUUGAUGUCUUGUGCUUAGGAGGGCAUUUCUGCAUUAACUGACUUGCUGUUAAAAAUUGUACAGGCUGACUCUUAAAGCUCUGAUGCCUCUUGUUUGCCUUCGCCCUUGGUCUUUCUGUGUAUUUUGCCAACUUGCCUUGGAAGUCUUUACUCUUCUAAUCUCAUCAUUUCUGUGACCAGCAGACUUUUACUAUUCCUUUGUCGUUGCCUUUGACCAGAAUUUGCAUGGGUGACCCUAGCCGAGAGGCAACUGGAGUCUGGCUCCAACUUUACUUGCCCUUGGGAAGAAAACUUUAAUGACAUCUUAUU